AUGUCUAAGCGCGAUCGUGAUGGAAACAUGCGGUCCAAUGAGGCCAAGCAGAAGCCCGCGGCACCCGUGACGCAGUUUACACCCAUGUUCACCAAAUUCCGCGACGAGCUGGACGAGCACCACGACCGGAGAGAGCGCAUCAUCAAGGCCUCGAGAGACGUCACUGCUCUGAGCAAGAAGAUAGUCAACAAGCUCGGUGAACUCCCCAACUUCGCACAGAAGGAACUCAACACCCGCAUGGAAGAGAUCAAGAACCACCUCACCUCAAUCGAGGGCGACAUCCAGGGCAUCAAUCGCUACCGCUACGCCUACUCCCUUCGCUGUCUCGAGGAACUUGUCGAGGCCCUCUCCUUCACCCACUACCUGCGUACCCAGACCCUCAUCAGCCCAGAUGACACAGCAGCCGCGGUCCCGGCAAACGUGCCUCUGACCGAGAACGACUACAUGUACGGCCUCUUCGACCUGUUCGGCGAGAUGAUGCGCUUCGCCACCGUCACGACAGCCCAAACGGGACAGCUCGCCGGCGUUGAGGGCCGCAACAUCCUGCAGGAUAUUCACGAGCUGAGCAGCUGCUUCGAGAUCCUGCCAGAGAUUCCGACCAAGGACUUCAGAGGAAAGAUGGAGGUUAUGAGGCAGUCGGUGCGCAAGGUGGAGAAGCUGGGCUACGGUCUAGCGAUUCGGGGCACAGAGAGGCCAAAGGGCUGGGUGCCUGAUAUGAAGGAGGACUUUGACCCCUCUUCUCUGGAGUGA